AUGGGUCAAAGUGCGUCAUGGCUUUCGGCACCUUUGGCCAAAGAGCUGCUGGAGGAGCUGCGACAGUUUUCCCUGCAGGCACCCGGCAGCUUUUGGGACAGCAGCCCCGUGUCAGCACGCUUUCGGUGGGCAGUGAACAUCAACGACUGGAAGCCCCGCGGAGGAUCCGAUGGCGAGGAAUUCCGGUUACUGUUGUCCUUGUUGAAGCCUGAAGAGCAAGAGUCGAUCCUGUCCUACAGAGCUUUGCCAGACCGCAAGCGAACUUUGCUGGGUCGUUUGCUGGGGCUCCGGGCAUGCGCCCAGGCCUUGGGCCAAUCAGACUUUGCUGGUAUCCAAAUUGGCCGCACAAAGGGAAAGAAGCCUUUUCUGCUGUCGCCAUUGCCGACAACAUUGCCGAAUUUCAACUUCAAUGUUUCCCACGAUGGCAACUGGGUCGUCUUAGCGAGCGACCCCAUCUUCCUUGUCGGUGCUGAUGUUUCCGCACCGCAGCAAGAGCGUGGAGAGCGAGAGGACGAGACUUGGUACCAGGAUUUGCAGUCCGUGCUGACUGACGCAGAGCGGGAAUGCAUCAAGAGCAGUUCGAGCGCAGUGCGAUACGCCACCUUCCAGCGGAUUUGGUCUGCGAAAGAGGCCGUGUCCAAGGCAGUUGGACAGGGGCUGGCAUUCGGGCUUGAACGGAUGGAGGUGCAGCUACCUGGAGCCCAUCAAGAGAACUUGGGCAACUUGGUUCUCACGGCGCUGGGGAUCACAAGGUCCGAGACAACGGAGCCCAGCGCCAAAAAAGGUCGCAUCAAGUUUUCGUCUCUUCUGGACAGCCUGCAGAGCAAGAGCGGCUCGGGCCCCGAGCAAGGGCCGGCCGUGGCGACCCAAGAGGAGAGAGCAGAAGCGGUGCCGACGCUGAUGCAGCGAGUGGAAAUUCAUAUCGACGGCUGGCCUCGUGCAGACUGGACGGUGUACCAAGAGGAGCUUCGGGGCUCCUGGAUCUCCAUGGCGAUUGGUCCGGUGAACGAGGCCGUCGAUGCAAAUGGGACGUUCCGGGCUACCUUCAGACUACCUGGGCUGGGUGGACCUUCGGACCUCGAGGCCCUGCAAGACAAGUUGGACGUGAAGCCGACCUCCGCCAGCUCUGGCCCGUGGAUUCCGCACGACAAAGGAUUCCAGAUCCUCCCGGUGGAAGCUCUCCUUCCGCAGGAGGCGAAAGAGCAGCUCGCAAUCCUCCGGGGUCGAGAUGUGGCACUGGCAGCAGGAAAGGAGCGAAAGCGACUGAUCGUCGAUGAGGUGAAGGCAGAGAAAUCCACAGCAGCUAUUGCAGCAGACUGUGAGCUGAUGGCGCAGCUCGAAGCCAAAUCAGUGAUUGACAUCAUCGAUGACAUGGGUCUUGCCGGCGGUGGCCCGAAAACUUACAUGGGCUCCACCACAGAUCAGGGAAUGGCAUCCUUCUCGAGUAAGUCUCUCCUAGCGCUCGGUGACAACAUUGACAUUUCCGGAAAGGGUGUUGCAUUCACCUGCCGAAAGGGUCUGAAGCCAGAGAGUCCAAAUCAAGAUUCCUGGUGUUUAGUGAAGAUGGACACCUUCUCCAUCUUCGCAGUCUUUGACGGCCAUGGCCAGAAGGGCCACGACAUCUCACAGUUCGCGAAGGAUUUUCUACCGAAAAUCAUCCUGAAGGACCCGAGGUCGAAAUCACCCGAAGUCGGCGCUUGUCUUGUCGAUUCCUUCAAGAAGGUUCAGAAGCUUGUCAUGGCCGCAGAUCAGACCAAACGUCUGAGCGCGCAGAUGUCCGGCACCACAGCCACUGUUUGCUUCCUCGAUCAUCUGCAUGAGAAGCUGACGAUUGCUCACGUGGCGGACAGCACUGCUGCCUUUGGGGUCAAGAAAGGUGGCAAGUGGAUCGGUACGUCCUUGACCAAAGACCACAAGCCGAACGUGAAGGGUGAGCGCGAGCGAAUAGAAAAGAAGGGUGGGACGAUCGUCUAUGAUGGCUACACAAACCAUCGAAUUUAUGCAAAAAACUCUCGAUAUCCCGGUCUCAAUAUGUCGCGAUGUUUGGGUGAUAUCAUUGGUCAUCAAGAGUGUGGGGUCACCGCUGAGCCAGAGAUCACGCGGGUGGAGCUGCAGACCGGGACAGAGCAGCUACUGCUUGUCUGCAGCGAUGGUGUGUGGGAGUUCAUAACUGCACAGGAGGCCGUCGAUCUCGUCAGCACGCGGCCAGCAGAAGAGAGCGAGCAAGCAGCUGGACUGCUGGCCAAAGAAGCUUGGGAUCGCUGGAUCCGCGAAGAGGGUGGUGCGGUUGUGGACGAUAUCACGGUGGGCCUGGUGCACAUUGGCAAGGUGAGCGGCCUGUGCUGGCAGAAGCCUUGGGAGGAUCCUUCCAAGGCCAAGCGUAGCUGGAACAGCUACGCAGCCAAAUGUUGGCUCCUGCAACAUUGUCCCUCCACCUUGGCCUUGUUGUUUGUCGUCCUCGUGCUGUGCAUCAGUACAGCUGCCAGCCAAAAGGCUGCAGAGGGAGCACGGGUGCGCUACAAAAAAGACCCCAGACCGGCCACUGCCUGCAGAUGCUCGUGUGGAAUGGCCCUCCUGCUCAUACAGGGAAUCCCCGAGCAGCUGCAUGUGCCGGAUCUGCGGGCUUUCUUCAAGCCAGCAGUUGAGGGCGACCUCUUCUCGUGCUUCCAUUUUCGGCGACGACAGGGCGCCACCCGUGCCACAGCGGCUGGCGGCUUGACCUGCUUGGCGCGUGCGGUCAGCCAGGAUGCUGCAGCCAAGAUCAUAUCCGGCUAUCAUGGUGUGCCUUGGAAGGUUUUGGUGGAUGCAGCUGUGCCUCGUGCCUCUCGGUGCCUCAUCUCUGAAGCCCCGGCCCAAAGCAAGCAGACCGAUGUCUGGGAGCUGCAUCCGCCGCCGGCUCUCCCCAAGGGAAAUGUUGGCACAAGCCGCUCCGCGAUUCUGUCCGAGAUACGUAGCUGCAGACUGCCAGCUUCGGUGGUGAAGAGGCUCGGGAUUGGCCCGUCGUGCCGUGUGCGAAGCACACGAGACUUUGCGGCUAUUCCUCCCCCGCUGGCCUGGCAGGCGCAGGAGCCCUCUCAGCAACCCAAGGAGUCCCAAGGCCAUAAUCACGUGCCUUCGAACGCCUCCUUCGCCACGGCCAUCUUCGCACGCAGCCGGGAACGCCGGCUUGGUCAAACGGAGCCGCCAAGGCGCCCACAAAGGCCGAGGGAGCCAGCCACGGCUCACAAGGCCGCGGAGGACGCUCACAAGCACAAGCCGCAGCCACCGAAACCGCCUGGCGGAAAAGCCUCGAAGCUCCGCCCUCGCAUGAUGUGUGCCGUGCACGAUGACGACAGCAGCAGUGGUGGCUCUCAGGACAUCGAAGGACGUCACCUCCCACGGCCGCUAGACGGUGACGAUCAUUUCGAUGAGCCGAUAGAGAAGGCACCCCACUACGAGCGGAGUGACCGGCUUGACUCAGCAGCAGGAUACCUUUACGAGGACACCGUGGAGCACAUCUGGGACAAGCAAGAUGCAUCUGGUUUGGUGUGGUACACAGACGCGGCCUACUGGGAUAGAUUGGCCGGAGAUCUGGAUGAGCGAUGUGCAGAUGGCUGGGACGUCGAGAGUGAGCCGCGUGAGGUUUCGAGCGACGACGACGUGGCGACCAUACCGCCCUCUGUAGAGCAGGGUGCCGGGUUGGAGGCAGUGCAGCGUGGCGUCGCAGGAAAGAUCAUGCGGUCUUGGGGUGCCGACCCGUCAGUCAAAAGGCCCAGCAGCACGUUACUGGCUGUCGUCGAAGGUCUUCAGCCAAACAUGUCGCGCACCGGUCUAGGCUGGGCAGGCGAGAGGUCGCGCAGAAAGCCUUCUCCUGGCCCGCAAGAAGACUGGCUGCGCAUAGGCUCCAUCUACGACCAGAAAGGUCGCCAAGAUCAUGACGGUCUAAAGUUCCGGAAAGGCUCUGGUGGAAAGCCGUUGCCGGGGUUUUUCGCUGCAGCGUCAGCUCUUGGAGAAGACCGGCGGCGGCGCCUGACCUUUGUACCCGCACAGCAGGCUGAAAAGAACGACAUGCCGAACACUGGCGACGCGAUUCCGGAUUUCAGUCUUCGCGACCAUCUUGGAAACGAGGUGUCGCUAAAGACCCUCAAGGACUCAGGAAAGAAGACCUUGAUUUGGUUCUACCCGAAGGCGAGCUGGGACAGCCCACAUGAUUUCGAACAUCGAAGACAAUGUUCUCGAAGUUCACUUGGCAGGCAGACACCCCGGGCUGAACGGCUGAGGGGCAAGGCUUCCAAUCCUUGCUUGAUAAGUACGCUGAGAAGAACAUCAACAUUAUGGGAGGCGUGGGCGUGGGCGCGUCGGAGUGAGAAGCAGUCAAGCUCAUGGGGCAACUCGCGAUCCCUGCGCGAUGCGGCCCGUAACAUGCUGCUUUCGGUGUCGUGGCACUGCUGCUACCAUGCACAAGUGCAUGUAUGCGCCAUAUACUGUUUCUGCCCGAGUCUAAGUCCGUCAGGAUCGGAACGUGUAAUCGAAAGCGGACAUGCCGGUUGA